AUGGCUUCUCCGGCGAACAAGGGUGGCCGCUCGCUCGCGCCGGCGCUGCUCGCCAUGGCGUCGUUAAUGGCGGUGGUGGCGCUCGCGCCGCGAGGGGCGAGCGCGGCGCUGUCGUGCUCCACGGUGUACAACACGCUGAUGCCGUGCCUCGGGUACGUGGAGUCCGGCGGCGAGGUGCCGCAGGCGUGCUGCGGUGGGAUCAAGAACAUCGUGGCCACGGCGAGCUCCACGACCGACCGCCGCGCUGCCUGCACCUGCCUCAAGAACGUCGCUCGCGGCGUCGGUGCCGGGCCGUACCUCAGCCGCGCCGCGGGGCUUCCCGGGAGGUGCGGCGUCCAGCUGCCCUACAAGAUAAGCCCCAACGUCAACUGUGACUCGUACGUGACACAUCAAAACCCAAACUGGAUCUAUGAUGGUGAAUAA